ACCGACGAAACAAAAUGUCUAGGAACAAAUGCGUUAUCAAGCGAUUUGAUAGGCCAAGUGGACACGAGACCGGUAGGACACUGAUGAAGAAAGCUACAGAGGAGACGCUGAUGAGACGCGGAGAUGUUGAAGACUCCUCUCCUGAUACAAUUCUGCGUAUGCACCUCAGGAGGCUUAGUAGCGAGAACAGUCAUCGCAGUGGAGUGGAAGGGAUUGCCGUGGAUCGCGCCCUGUCUCCGAACAUGGCUACCGGCCAUAAGUCUUGCAAACUGACCAAAGUGUGCAAAACUGGAAACCACUCGAGCACCAAGGACCGCAAUUCGGGUACCGCUCGUUUCAAGUACAGAAAGAAUUCCCAGAUACGCACCAAGAUCUGCUUAAGCUGUAUGCGAAAAAUGCUGUCCAAAAGUAAUACAACCUCUUGAUACAGACAUCAAAAUUUAAGGUUUAAUUCAAAAUACUUCGUUUUUUUUUUUUAAUGUUAAUUCAAAACAUUAAAACUUGAGUACAUAUUUUGUUUCUUGGUUACUUAGUAAAAAAAACUAA